UCCUUUCUGUUACGUUUCAUCAAAGGCAAAGGGGGAGCCACACAGAAACAAAUUGAGGGAGAAAUGGGAGUGAAAAUCAUACUUCCUUCAUUUAAGAAGGAUUCCAUUGUCAUUGAAGGAGUUUCCCUUGAAAGUGUUACUAAAGCAUCAGAAAAAAUACAGGAUAUAAUUGAGAAGGCAAUUAAGAGCCCGAGUCUUGAUUACUCUCACUUUGUGUCACUUCCGUUGGCUAUUCAUCCUGCAUUGGUAGAUAAGCUUAUCAAUUUCCAGAACUCUGUGCUGGGAAAUUGCAGUACUAAACAGGACGAGAAUCUGGAGAGUGAUUCAAAUGGGGAUACUUCAGAAGACAGAGAAGAGAAGGAUGAUCCUUUAGAUGCAGGACGUGAUGUUGCUGUUAAUCUUAAAGUUGAGGAUGAUAGUGAACAUGUUAAAGUGGAGAUCAAUAAAAUACCUUUCGUUAGUUAUCCGCCUAAAGCAUCAAAAUCCUCUCUCUUAACUGAUUCAGGUAUUGACAAAUCCAUAUUUAUUAAACCAAAAACAUUUCACCUGACUGUGCUAAUGCUGAAAUUGUGGAACAAGGAGCGUGUUGCUGCUGCUACUGAGGUUUUGCAGAGAGUCUAUCCCAAAAUAUUGGAUGCCUUGGAUCACCGGCCCAUUUCUGUGAGGCUUAAAGGGCUGGACUGUAUGAGGGGUUCACUAGCAAAGGCUCGAGUUCUAUAUGCUCCAGUUGAAGAAAUUGGAACCGAAGACCGCCUCUGCCGUGCUUGUCAAGUCAUUAUUGAUGCCUUUGUUGAAGCUGGUCUUGUUCUUGAGAAGGAUGCGCAGAAAAAGUUAAAGGUAUGAUGUUACAGCAUUCUC